CUGCUCUGUUGAGGAUGUGCAGAAUUUCCUCUCCGACUGCACAAUUCAUGAUGGGGUUGCAGGCGUUCAUUUUAUCUACACUAGAGAAGGCAGGCAGAGUGGUGAGGCUUUUGUUGAACUUGAAUCAGAAGAUGAUGUAAAAAUGGCCCUUAAAAAAGACAGGGAAAGCAUGGGACAUCGGUAGAUUGAGGUGUUCAAGUCCCACAGAACCGAGAUGGAUUGGGUGUUGAAGCACAGUGGUCCAAACAGUGCUGACACUGCCAAUGAUGGUUUCGUGCGACGUCGAGGACUCCCGUUUGGAUGCACCAAGGAAGAAAUCGUUCAGUUCUUCUCAGGGUUGGAAAUCGUGCCAAACGGGAUCACAUUGCCCGUGGACCCCGAGGGCAAGAUUACAGGGGAAGCCUUUGUGCAGUUUGCCUCACAGGAGUUAGCUGAGAAGGCUCUAGGGAAGCACAAGGAGAGAAUAGGGCACAGGUAUAUUGAGGUGUUCAAGAGCAGUCAGGAAGAAGUUAGGUCAUACUCGGAUCCCCCUCUGAAGUUCAUGUCAGUGCAGCGGCCGGGGCCUUAUGACCGCCCUGGCACAGCCAGGAGGUAUAUCGGCAUUGUCAAGCAAGCGGGCCUGGAGAUGAUGAGGUCUGGUGCCUACAGUGCAGGCUAUGGGGGCUAUGAGGAGUACAGUGGCCUCAGUGAUGGCUAUGGCUUCACCACCGACCUAUUUGGAAGAGACCUCAGUUACUGUCUCUCUGGGAUGUAUGACCACAGGUAUGGAGAUGGCGAAUUCACUGUCCAGAGUACCACUGGACACUGCGUCCACAUGAGGGGGCUGCCGUACAAAGCCACGGAGAACGACAUUUACAACUUCUUCUCUCCACUCAACCCGGUGAGAGUCCAUAUUGAGAUUGGCCCUGAUGGAAGAGGGACCGGCGAGGCUGAUGUUGAGUUUGCCACUCACGAAGAAGCCGUGGCAGCCAUGUCCAAAGACAGGGCCAACAUGCAGCACAGAUACAUAGAACUUUUCUUGAAUUCCACAACAGGGUCCAGCAACGGGGCAUAUAGCAGCCAGAUGAUGCAAAGCAUGGGGGUGUCAACCCAGUCCACUUACAGUGGCCUUGAGAGCCAGUCCGUGAGUGGCUGUUAUGGGGCUGGCUAUGGUGGCCAGAACAGCAUGGGUGGAUAUGACUAGUUUUGUAGUAGCUUUUGAGUCAUUUCAAUCAAAUUUUCACAGGCAGCCAACAAGCAGUGAAAAGCAGUUAUUACUCUAGAGGAAGCUGUGGGACCCAUUUUGCACCAUGAGUUUGUGAAAUCUGGAUUUAAAAAAUUACCUCUUCAGUGUUCUCUCAUGCAAACUUUCUUCUAGCAUGUGGUACUGAGUAAACUAAAACUAUUUUCAGCUUUUCUCAAUUAACAUUUUGGUAGUGUACUUCUGGAGUGAUGUUAUCUGAGUUAAACUAGUUUUAAGUACGUUAAAUGUGGAUCUUUUACACCACAUCAUCGUGAACACAUUGGGGAGGCUUGCUUUUUUCGAAAACUCAAGGUGCUAGAUCCCUAAUUCAAAGAGGAACAUUUCUCAUGUUUGUUCAUUCUAGUUUGUUUUCAUUUAAAACCUUUUAGGUUAAGUUUAAGCUUUUUAAAAGUUAGUUUUGAAAAUUGAGACACAUUACUAAUACUGUAGGAAUUGGUGAGGCCUUGACUUAAAACUUUCUUUGUACUGUGAUUUCCUUUCGGGUGUAUUUUGCUAAGUGAAACUUGUUAAAUUUUUUGUUAACUAAAUUUUUUUCUUAAAAUAAAAAGACUUUUUCACAAUGAAAAAAAAA